UCCCGGGCUUGGAGCGGCUUCACUAAGUGGAGGAAAAUCCUGCCACCGGGAUAUUGAUCACAUAGCACCGAGGGACAAUCUGGGUUGGUAUUUUUGGGGUUGUGUUUACAAAGUCAUAAGUACCUUGCAGAGCAUGACGAUCAGAGUGAUAAUUCAGUAGCCAGACCUUCUGGAAGAGAUGAGACUCGCAUUUUGUGGUAACGACAAUGCCUCAGCCUACAACAUCAGUGCUGGUGUCCUCAGGAAUGUCUGUUUUGUGGAUGCCCUCAACUUGGUCCCUCAUGUUUUCCUGCUGUUUAUCACCUUCCCAAUUUUAUUCAUUGGCUGGGGAAGCCAGAGCUCCAAAGUGCAAAUUCACCACAAUACCUGGCUUCACUUCCCUGGGCACAACCUGCGGUGGAUCCUGACGUUCACCCUGCUGUUUAUGCAUGUGUGUGAGAUAGCAGAGGGGAUUGUUUCUGACACACAAAUGAAAUCUCGCCACCUGCAUCUCUUUCUACCAGCUAUAAUGGGAUUUGUGGCUGCCACUGUAUCCAUAGUCUAUUACCAUAAUAUUGAAACAUCCAACUUUCCAAAGUUACUGUUGGCCUUGUUCCUUUACUGGAUAAUGGCCUUUGUUACAAAAACCAUCAAGCUUGUCAGAUACUGCCAGGAUGGGGUGCCUUUUUCUCAGCUGCGUUUCUGCAUCACUGGAAUCAUGGUCAUCCUCUAUGGGCUGCUGAUGGCUGUGGAGAUCAAUGUCAUCCGAGUCAGGAAGUAUGUGUUUUUCAUGAACCCUCAGAAAGUGAAGCCUCCAGAGGAUCUGCAGGAUCUGGGAGUGAGGUUCCUGCAGCCAUUUGUCAAUUUGCUCUCAAAGGCAACUUAUUGGUGGAUGAACACACUCAUUAUUUCUGCACACAAGAAACCUGUGGACCUGAAGGCAAUUGGGAAGCUCCCAAUUGCAAUGAGAGCACUGACAAAUUAUGUCUGUCUCAAAGAAGCCUAUGAAGAACAAAAGAAAAAGGUGGAGGAUCAUCCCAACCGGAGUCCCUCCAUUUGGUUGGCCAUGUACAGCGCUUUUGGACGGCCAAUCCUGCUCAGCAGCACAUUCCGCUACCUGGCCGACCUGCUGGGCUUUGCUGGGCCACUCUGCAUUUCUGGCAUUGUUCAGGGCUUCCAGAACACAACCAAUAAUACAAAUACCACAGAAAAGGUGAAGGAUCCAUCAAACUCCUACCUUUCAUCAGAGGAAUUCCUCAGGAAUGUUUAUGUCUUGGCAGUCCUUCUGUUCCUGGCCCUUAUUCUGCAGAGAACAUUCCUGCAGGCCUCUUACUAUGUGACUACAGAGACUGGCAUCAACCUCCGGGGUGCCUUACUGGCAAUGAUAUAUAAUAAGAUCCUGAGGCUUUCUACAUCCAAUUUGUCCAUGGGAGAGAUGACACUGGGACAAAUCAAUAACUUGGUUGCCAUAGAAACCAACCAAUUGAUGUGGUUCUUGUUCCUGUGCCCCAAUCUGUGGGCAAUGCCUGUCCAGAUAAUAAUGGGUGUGAUCCUCCUCUAUAACCUAUUGGGAGUGAGUGCCUUGGUCGGGGCUGCUGUCAUUGUGCUCUUAGCCCCCAUCCAGUACUUCAUAGCCACCAAGCUGGCUGAGGCUCAGAAAAGCACUCUUGACUAUUCUACUGAGAGAUUAAAGAAAACCAAUGAGAUACUCAAAGGCAUUAAGCUAUUAAAGCUGUAUGCCUGGGAGCACAUAUUUUGUACAAGCGUGGAAGAAACGAGAAUGAAAGAGCUCACCAGUCUCAAAACCUUUGCACUUCAUACGUCUCUUUCCAUUUUUAUGAAUGCAGCCAUACCAAUAGCAGCUGUUCUUGCAACCUUUGUGACUUAUGCAUACACCAAUGACAAGCCAUUGCAGCCUGCCCAGGCAUUUGCAUCCCUUUCACUGUUCCACAUUCUGGUCACACCUCUGUUCCUGCUGUCCACCGUGGUUCGUUUUGCAGUCAAGGCCAUCGUGAGUGUGCAGAAGCUGAAUGAGUUUCUCCUGAGUGACGAGAUUGGAGAUGACAGCUGGAGAGGGGGGGACAGCUCUGUACCUUAUGAAUCCUGUAAGAAGCACACUGGACUUCACACCAAGGCCAUCAAUAGGAGGCAGCCCCUGAGGUAUCAGCUUGAAAGCUACGAGCAGCCAAAAAGGAAGCACACACGACCUCUGGAGAUUGAUGAUGUGGCCAUUAAGGUGACCAAUGGAUACUUUUCAUGGGGAAGUGGUUUAGCUACACUGUCCAACAUAAACAUUAGAAUCCCAACAGGUCAGAUGACAAUGAUUGUGGGCCAAGUUGGCUGUGGCAAGUCUUCACUUCUCCUUGCUAUAUUGGGAGAGAUGCAGACCCUGGAGGGAAAAGUUCACUGGAGCAAUGUAAAUGAAAUGGAACCUUCUUUUGAAGCAUCCAAAAGUAGGAACAGGUACUCCGUGGCUUAUGCAGCUCAGAAACCGUGGCUGCUCAAUGCCACCGUGGAGGAGAACAUCAUCUUUGGCAGUCCCUUUAAUAAGCAGAGGUACAAGGCUGUUACAGAUGCCUGUUCUCUGCAGCCUGAUAUUGACUUACUACCAUUUGGUGACCAGACAGAAAUUGGAGAAAGGGGGAUUAAUUUAAGUGGAGGCCAACGACAGAGAAUCUGUGUUGCUCGAGCACUCUACCAGAACACCAACAUUGUCUUCUUGGAUGACCCAUUCUCUGCACUGGACAUUCACUUAAGUGAUCACUUAAUGCAGGAAGGGAUUUUGAAGUUUCUGCAAGAGGACAAGAGGACUCUUGUUCUAGUGACACAUAAAUUACAAUAUCUGCCACAUGCUGACUGGAUCAUAGCAAUGAAGGAUGGAAUGGUGCUUAGAGAAGGGACACUAAAGGACAUCCAAAACAAGGAUGUUGAGCUAUAUGAACACUGGAAAACUCUGAUGAAUCGCCAAGAUCAAGAGCUGGAAAAGGAUAUGGAAGCUGACCAGACAACUCUUGAGAGAAAAACCCUUAGAAGGGCCAUGUACCCCAGAGAAUCUAAGUCACAACUGGAAGAUGAAGAUGAAGAGGAGGAAGAGGAAGAAGAUGAAGAUGAUAACAUGUCAACUGUCUUGAGGCUCAGGACAAAGAUGCCAUGGAAAACCUGUUGGAGAUAUCUAACCUCUGGAGGAUUUUUCUUGCUCUUUCUGAUGAUUUUCUCCAAGCUGUUGAAACACUCAGUUAUUGUGGCCAUAGAUUAUUGGCUUGCUACAUGGACAUCCAUGGACAAUGCAAAUGAAGCCAGGAAUACUGAUGAGGAUAAGAGCACAGAGAAGGCUUAUCAUGUAGCUGUCUUCAGCAUCCUCUCCGGAGCUGGGAUUAUCCUUUGCCUCAUCACAUCCCUGACUGUGGAGUGGAUGGGCCUCACAGCAGCCAAGAACCUACACCACAAUCUCCUCAACAAGAUCAUCCUUGGACCAAUCAGGUUCUUUGACAUGACUCCACUGGGGCUAAUUCUAAAUCGCUUCUCUGCUGAUACAAAUAUCAUUGAUCAGCACAUCCCUCCCACACUGGAGUCUCUGACCAGAUCCACCUUGCUCUGCCUGUCAGCCAUUGGGAUGAUCUCCUAUGCCACUCCAUGGUUCCUUGUGGCCCUCGUGCCCCUGGGCAUAGCAUUUUAUUUUAUCCAGAAAUACUUCAGGGUUGCUUCCAAGGACCUCCAGGAACUUGAUGACAGCACCCAGCUCCCUCUGCUGUGUCACUUCUCUGAGACAGCUGAAGGCCUUACCACCAUCAGAGCAUUCGGGCACGAAGCCAGAUUUAAACAACGUAUGCUGGAGCUGACGGACACAAACAACAUUGCCUACUUAUUUCUGUCAGCUGCCAACAGAUGGCUGGAGGUCAGGACGGAUUACCUGGGUGCUUGUAUUGUCCUGACUGCUGCUGUCACUUCCAUCACUGAAGGGCCACACUCGGGGUUUGUGGGGCUGGGUCUCCUGUAUGCUCUGACGAUAACCAACUACCUGAACUGGGUAGUGAGGAAUCUGGCUGAUCUGGAAGUGCAGAUGGGUGCAGUGAAAAAAGUACACAGCUUCCUGAACAUGGAGUCAGAGAACUAUGAAGGCUACCUGGAUCCCUCUCAAGUUCCCAAAGACUGGCCCCAGGAGGGGGAAAUCAAGAUUGAAAAUUUGUGUGUUCGCUAUGAAAACAACCUGAAGCCUGUUCUGAAGCAUGUGAAGGCCUAUAUCAAACCAGGACAAAAGGUUGGGAUCUGCGGUCGUACUGGCAGCGGCAAGUCCUCCCUGUCCUUGGCGUUCUUCAGAAUGGUGGACAUUUUUGAUGGGAGGAUAGUAAUUGAUGGGAUAGACAUCAGCAAAUUGCCUCUGCACACGCUCCGGUCCCGGCUCUCCAUUAUUCUCCAGGACCCAAUCCUGUUCAGUGGCUCCAUCCGCUUUAAUUUGGAUCCCGAAUGCAAAUGCACUGAUGACAGACUCUGGGAAGCUCUGGAGAUUGCUCAGUUGAAGAACAUGGUCAAGUCAUUGCCAGGAGGCCUUGAUGCCAUGGUCACAGAAGGAGGGGAAAACUUUAGUGUGGGGCAAAGGCAGCUCUUCUGUCUGGCCCGAGCCUUUGUCCGCAAGAGCAGCAUCCUCAUCAUGGAUGAAGCCACAGCAUCUAUUGACAUGGCCACAGAAAACAUCUUGCAGAAGGUUGUGAUGACUGCCUUUGCUGACCGCACUGUUGUAACAAUAGCACAUCGCGUGUCUCACAUCUUGGAUGCCAAUAUUAUCCUAGUCCUUUCUGGGGGCUUUCUAGUUGAAUGUGACACUGCCUCAAACUUACUCCUCAAAGAGGACGGCCUGUUCACCACUUUGGUGAAGACUCACAAGUAGACUCUCAGUCCACACUGUUUACAGGACUUCUGGCUCUUUGGUAGUUAUUUUUACCUCUUUAGUCUCCUUUCACUCUGCUUCCUUUCUACUGCACAGCUUCUGAGAGGACAGUGCAAGAAGGUGUUUGUUGUGUGGUUCCCGGGUUUGUUUAAUUUCAUGACUAUUUAUGUUGAUCAUACCUAAAUCUUAGACAUGCAGCUGACAUUACAACUACCAUGUCAAGGUAAUCCAGCCCAUGAAGUGAUCUCUGACUUUCCGCUUGUGUAGUGAAAUAUCACACUUUUAAGAGGUCAUCUCAUCUAUACCUGACUGGCUGUAUUCAUAUGGCCUUCAAAUUAAACUCAAACUGAUUUCAAACCUGUAGCCUAUGGGAUUAUACUGUUGCCUGGAGUGCACUCAAAUUAGAUCUCAGGGGGAUUUGCAGAAGGCAACAGCCCAGGGGUGCCCUGAGAUAGAUGGAGAGCAGACUGCUGGGGUGCAGAGAACAAGGAGCAGAACAGGAUUCUAAGCCAUCUGACAGUGCAGGAUGCUUCUCAUCCCUAUUUCCCACAGGGGAAGAUGUGUUUCAGUGGGGCCAUAGGAUUUAUUCCAGCAUCUGUGCUGCCCAUAAUGGCAAAAGGUUAAGUUCAUGCUUAAGUAUUUUCAGGCUUGGUGGCAGAGGCUGUCAAGUAAUUGAAGAUCUCUACAGGUUAAAGUACAAGGAUCUAUUCCAAAUAUCACUGUGAACAAGGACAGCCUUUCCCUGAUGGGGUUUGCCUUGCUUGAGGCCCAUUAGUGAGAAUUAUCCAAAUGAAAACCUCUGUUUGCUUUCCUUCGUGGCAGCACCGGGUUCACACCAUCCUCACUGCAGACCUGGUCAUCGUCAUGAAGCGAGGGAACAUCCUGGAAUAUGAUACUCCUGAGAACCUGCUUUCCCAGGAAGAUGGCAUCUUCGCUUCCUUUGUCCGGGCUGACAUGUGAACAGC